GUUUCCUCAUUCGAGUAAAGUUCUCAGUGAGGAAACAUCGGAUCAUCACUUUUGUGAUUAUUUCUCCCCUUCAGAUUUCAACUUUGCCUGUCGCCUGUUUGGUUGGUGCCUCCCUGCUGACUUCAACGGUAUCUGCAGACUAACGGUUAUAAAAUCUCAGUGACAUCAAUAGUAGUUACUUAAACUUCUUAAAUUCUUUAUCAUGGACCGUGAACAUGGCAGGGUUUUGCCAUCCACAAGUAAGAAUGUCCACUUGGGAAAGAGAAAAUCAAAUCUUCGUGGUGAGUUCAGCGAGCAGCAAUCAGCUAAACGACAACACAAACCUAAGCCAGGAUCAAACGCAGAAGCAAGACUACUGCACAACAUAUUGUCUGAUGUGAAAGCCAUAAAUAAAAAGGUCAAGGAAAGUCUACAUGACCAAGAUGAGCUCAAUGUUUUCCUAAAGAAAAAAAUCACUGAUCUGGACAAAGACAAGAAGGAGCAGGUUGGCGUCUUUGGUGAAUCUGGGGCUGGAAAAAGCUGUUUGAUAAAUGCCAUCAUUAAUGAGAAGAAUCUUUUGCCCUCCUCUGAUGAAUGUACCAGUGCAUGUACCUCAGUAAUGAUAAAGGUGGAGGCUAACAUGGACAUCUUAAUAAAGGACAAAUAUCAGGCAGAUAUUGAGUUCAUGACAGAAGAGGAGUGGGAAAAUGAGUUGUGGUCUUUAUACCAGUCUGUUGGAGACAAAACUGAUCAGGAAAUGGAAGAUGAUGAUGAUGGUGGUGAAGAAGAUGAUGAUAGUGGUGAAGAUGAUGAUAGUGAAGAUGAUGAUAGUGGUGAAGAAGAUGAUGACCACAGUUACAAUAAAGAGAAGCUGUCAGCGCUGUAUGGAGAAGACUGGAAACAGUUAUCUGUGGAACAGCUCCUAGAGAAAAGCUGUUACAAAGACAUUCAAAACCUUCUUAGGUCUGGGAAGUCUAUCACAUGUAAAACAGCUAAGGAGUUAUCUGAACAACUUAUCCAGUACACAAGAAAUGGCUCUUUACCUUCUCAGGACAGCACUGUAAAAGUGAAGAGGUGGUAUUGGCCACUCGUUAAGUGUGUGACUGUCAAAGUGCCAAACAAUCGUCUUCUCCAGCAUGUUACACUUGUGGACCUUCCUGGAAAUGGUGACUGUAAUAAGAGCAGAGAUGAAAUGUGGAAAAGGAUUGCUGGUGAAUGUUCCACUGUGUGGAUUGUGGCUGAGAUUAAGAGAGCAGCAUCAAAAGGAGCAGCUUGGGAGAUCCUGAAAAGUGUCAGUGGGUUGAUUGGACAUGGUGGUGAAUGUCAGCGCAUUCACUUCAUCUGCACCAAGACUGAUGAUACUGGGAAUUCAGAUGAUCUUCCAGCAGCUGAUGUCUAUAAACUUAUAGUUGAAAGAAACAAACGAGCCAAAGACGAAGUACAAAAAAAGUUCAACGACCAAAGCACGAUUAAGAAAUACUUCAACAAUUACAAUUUCGAAGUGUUCACAGUGAGCUCCAAAGAAUUCUUGAAAAGAAAGCAUCUGAAUCUAGAAGAAACUGAAAUACCCGAACUUCAAAAUUUUCUGCAAAAUCUCAGUGACCCUUACUGGGAGGCAUUAAAAUAUGUGUCUGGAGCUCGCGGGAUUCUGUCUCUGAUUCAAGGGACCAAAUGUACACAAAUGGCUGAUAAGAAAGAAAGUGUGCGUGCAAAACUUGAGAAAAACCUGAGCUGCAAACUUGACCAAGUGAAAAAAGGAAUAGAAGAGGCCUACAGAGCUUUUGAAAAAAGUCUUAGCAAAGGGGUUGAAAAAUCCAAAAAGGAAGAUGAAAAAACACUGAAGAAGUUAUUAGAUAAACAGAAGGGCAGCGCUUUUCACAAGACACUAAAGGCUGUAGUUGGGAAAGGUGGUGAUCACAAAACAAUAAAAGGGCAACAAAUAAACUUCAACAAGGACUUGGCUAAACUCCUGACUGACAGCAUUGACAAACAAUUCAGCAAAACCUUCCCGUGUGCCCCCUGGUCAGACCCUGUGGGACUCAAGCAGGCAGUCACACACAGAGACAAAGUAAAAUAUGGUCCAUUCAAUGGAGUCAUCAGUGUGUUUUCCCUUGACACCGAUUCCUUAAUUGACAAGUUCCCAGAUUUGGAACUGCUGCUGACAUAUGUCAAGAUGGAGGAAGAAAAUAUUAAGGCAAAACUCAGUAAAACCAUCCGAGAGAAGAAGAAACAAGUCUACAACAGUCUGACAGAAACAAUCAAGGAAAACAUGACAGGAUGCUAUGAAGAAGCAGCAAGAUUUAAUAAAAAGGACUCACUGAAAAAAAUGAAGGAGACUAUCAGGAGACAUGUACGCUCAAAUAAUCAAAUGUAUGAGAAGGCAAAAAAUGCCAUGUUGGAGCAGUUGAAUGAAUUGAAGGGAAUCGUCCUGGACGAACUGAAGAACACCAUGAAGGAAGCCAUUGAAUUGUCACUCAAGAAUAAUAAUAACGCCUCACUCCCAGAUGUUUCAGAAGAGCUGAAGAGGGUGAAGAUAUAUCAUCUUGAACUUCAAAUUUUGCGACAGUAACUGGAUUUGCCCUGCAGGGAGAAACAGCAGAGACCUGAUCACCCACUGAACAUCCUGGAGGGAGCGCUGAUUAAAGACAUGAGGUCUCCUGAUAUCAUCAGGCAUUUUUCUCAAGUUGUUUUCUCUGCUCUCUUUGAAUGUUGUGUUGAUGUGUACUUUUGAGUUUUAUAUAGAUUUUAGAUAGUAAUUCAAACCAGCAAUGCUAAGGUUUUAAUCAUAAAGGUCUAAACUAAAAGGCCAUUAUUGUAUCCAAAAACAUUUAGGUGAUUUUUUUUCUUGUUUUGUGUUCAUAAUACAUUUUUAAUUAGUUAUAGACCUGACAUGAAAUCAGAGAGAUAGAGAGGGGGAAGAAAUACAACACCUACGUCCCUGGUUGAUUUAAACCAGGAAUGUUACUGGUUUUCAUUUUAGGGGUCUAAGCUAAAAGAUCACUAUGAUAUCCAUAACUUUGUGAUUUUUAUUAUUUUAUUCUGCUUAUAGUACAUUUUUAUCAGAUUUGUUUAAUCUCGCUUUGUUGGGCAAGAAGCUUCAUUUUAUAGAUAUGUUGAUUCAACCUUGCAACUUGUAUAGAGCAAGAAUGAUAUGUACUAUUUUUUAGUUUAUAAUACAAAUAUUUCUUUACUGCAAUACAGCCCUUUCAGUGUGUAUCAUGUGAGUAAUUAACUUGUAGCAAACAACUGUCAGCUUCCACUUCAGCUACUAUAUCAUUUUGUUAUCUGCUGUUACUAAUCUGCACUGAUUCUAAAUGUAUGCAUAAAUCUGAUUUUGUAUGCUGUUCAAAAAAACUUGGGUAAAAGAACAUGUAUUGUAGUUUUAAGAUAGAAAUUUGUUUUUUCAAACCCUGCACACAUGAAAUUGAGAUGGAGGGAGACAAAAACAAAUAUAUGCGAGAGACUUCAAGUCCUAAUAUUAUUCAGUAUGACAAUUGUAAUAAUCUACAGUGCUGUAAAAAGAUAUUUGUCCCCUUCCUACUAGAGCACUCCAAAACUCUCGUUUUGUUUUUCUGAGCCAUUCAGAGGUGUGUUUUGGGUCUUUCCCCUGCUGCAUAACCCAGGUGCACUUGAAUUUCAGGAUAUGAACUGAUGGCUGGAUAUUCUCCUUCAGAAUUUUCUGGUAGAGAGCAGAAUUCAUGGUUCCAUCAAUUACAGAAAGUUGUCCUGAAGCAGCAAAACAGCCUCAGACUACCACUACUCACAAUACCACCACCAUGUUUGACUGUUGUUAGUUUUAUGCAGAUGUAACGGGACUCGAAAGUUCCAAAAUGUUAAACUUUUGUCUUAUCAGUCCACAGAAUAUUUUCUCUAAAGUCUUCGUGAUUAUCAAGAUGUUUUUUGGCAGAUGUGAGACGAACCUUUGUGUGCUUUUUGGUCAGCAGUUCUCCUUGGAACUCUCCCAUGGAUGCCAUUUUUGCCCAGUCCUCUUUCUUGUUGUUGAAUCUUGAACUCUGAUCUUAACUGAGGCGAGUGAGGCCUGCAGUUCUUUAGAUGUUGUUCUGGGUUCUUUUGUGACUUCCUAGAUGAGUUGUCAAUACAUUGAUUCACAAGUUAUACAGAGGGAGAUGUUGCAACAGUUUGAAAAACUUUGACUUUGUGGAAAAAACUUUGGAAAAAAAACCCCUGCAAUUUCUUUGCUUCUGGUUUUGACCUUUUCUCCUCCAAAACAAAGUGUAGCAAAUAAAGUUCUUCUAUUUAGUUCUUCUUUAAGUCAAUUUAAGCAUUUACUUGUGAGAGACAGAUAACAGACCUAUGUAGGAAUCAAAUACUGCAUGGUACCCUGUUGAUAGUUUGUGUGUUUGUUUGUGUUUGCUCCAUGCAUUAAAAAAGGCAAAUGAUACAUAUUUAUCCAUCCAUCCAUCUUCUUAACUGGCCAUCCAAUUCAGGGAUGCUGGAGCCUAUCGUCAUAGGGUGAGAGACGGGGUACACUCUGAACAGGUCACCAGUCCAUCACAGGGCCAACACAGAGAGACAGACAUCUAUUCACCCUCAGAUUCACACCCAGUAAAAAAAUAAAACAAAAUCAAAGUACUGAAGUCAACUUAGUAGAAACAACAUUUCUCACUUGCUGCAUUUUUCAUGGGUUUAGUGUCAGUAAAUGCAUGAGAAACAUCUUUAGACCUCUCAGUUGGGGCACAGACAUCAUUGCUUGGACUUUACAUGAAUAUUAUCAGUGCCAAAAAAAAAAAAAAAAGCUCUUGCACAUUUUUUGUCAUGGAUUUUUUUUUUUUUAAAGAAUGGAUUUAAAGUCAAAUGUAAGUACUUUAGAAUGUUUUUGAUUAGAGCUCAAAAGUAAAGAAAAAACAGUUCCUCUUUGGACCUGAAAAUCAUCUUAUUUCUGUCAUCUGUUUACAAACAAAUAUUUUAUGUGGCAAUACAUUGUUUUCAUUCAGUCCUUUUUGUGUGUUUUAUUUAAAUAAACAUAAAUACAGCAGGGAGAAAAAGAAAGCAAGUGAACCACAAUCAUUUUAUGUUGCAAUUCAACAUUUGAGCAUGUUAAAGAGUUCACACAAACCUCGAGUGAGCAACAAUUUAGACAAAAGAUUUUUAGUUUCUUUUUGCUUUUCAUGGUCAAUGAUUUUAUUAGCUAUAUAGCAUAAUUCAGCCACAAGUCAAACAGCUACGUCUUAUCUGUUGUGGUCAAGCUUCUUAUGUGUUGUGGGAGGGCGGGCAGCAGAACUCCUUAGUGGUUCAUCCAUGUAUCAGAGGACUCCCACUCUUGUACUUUAUAUUUUUAUCAGUAUUUUUAAGAAUUAAACAUAUCAUUGAAUAUUAAUUAAAAAUAAAGUGUUCAUUACACAACACAGCAUCAUUUUACUCCUUUUUUCUGUAUCAGUACAUGACCAGCAUGUGGCUGCAUAUAAUAAAACUUGCGAUGAUGUUUUUUUUAAGCACCUGAAUGUAGUUUGGAAAGGAGGGCACUGCUCUGCUAUUUAAACACUAUUUUGUGUUGAUAAUCAUAUUAAAAAUAUGGUAUCAUGUUAGAACCUCCAUAAUGCUGUCAUGGUUCUGGACCUUAUGCCCAGCGUUUUGUGUUUUCAAUCUUAUGGUUCUGUUUCAUGAUGUUUCUUAGUUUAUUUGUUUAGAGUCUUAAUUUGUUUAUUGUUCUAUAUCUGUUAGUGAAGGAAAUGAGUUUUUAUGAAGCUUUAAAUAUAUAUAAUCAUGAUAUAAAUUUGAUUUUAUUAGUCACACAUUUAUUUGCCUGAGAAGUCUGUCUUAGACGAGAAAAUAAACAUCACUGAUUAAUGGCACAGAAGCUCAUAAUGUUUGGUGUCAUCGGGAACUUGGUGUUCUCACUCUCUGUCUGGGCAACGGUCAGCCACUCAUGGAGACUACACAAUGAUAGAAAUGGAGACUCCGAGGUCUCCGAGGAAAUUCUCUGUUUUCCACAUUUCUUGUUUUGUAUAUGAUGUAAUCAAAACUGAUAAAGCUGUGUCUAUAUGAAACUGUGAGCUGAAGAAGAGUGUGUGAGUUCUUCAUGUCAUAUCCGGUACCCUACUGGGCAUGGCGUACAGUUCUGACCCAGAUUAAUCUGUAAACUGUGACAAAUGGCUAAUUAAAUGUAAUAAUUGGACUCCUUA